CCGGGAUCGGAAGUGUGACAAGGCGCGAGCUGCCGGCAGCCGUUUCCAUCGCCAAAGCUUCGGAAUCACUUUCGUGCGACAGUUGGCACUUCCUCUGCUGCAGAUAUGUCGGAUUGGUAUUCACACUUUCAGAAUCGAGAUGAGGAGGAUCAGGAAGAGGCCGAGGAGAAUGAAGAGGACAUUCGAUACGUAGGAAGGGACAGCUUAAUCUUCCUCAUUGAUGCCUCAGAAGCCAUGUUUGAAAUGAACGAGGAAGACACUUCAGCAUUCAACAUGACUGUUCAGUGUGUACACAGGGUUUACACCAGUAAGAUUAUCAGCAGUGACCGUGAUCUUCUGGCUGUCGUGUUCUUCGGGACUGAAAAACACAAGAACUCUGUAGACUUCAAGCACAUUUAUGUCCUCCAUGACUUGGACACACCAGGUGCUAAGCGAGUGCUGGAGCUGGAUCAGUAUGAGGGGGAGAAGGGGAACAAGUCCUUCAAGGAGAACAUAGGCCACAGCACCGAUGGCUCAUUGAGUGAUGCACUCUGGGUCUGCUCCAAUCUCUUCAGUGACGUCAGGCUCAAACUGAGCCACAAGCGCAUCAUGCUGUUCACCAACAACGAUAACCCGCACGCCAAAGACAGCUCCAGAGCACGAAUGGCCAGAACAAAGGCCAGUGACCUCCGAGAGACAGGUAUCAUCCUUGACCUAAUGCAUCUGAAGAAGCCUGGUGGUUUUGACACAUCUCUAUUCUACUGUGACAUUGUCAGCGUAUCAGAGGAUGAAGGUACAGCCAUGCAAGACAAGGAGUCAGCCAGGUUGGAUGAUCUGCUUCAGAAAGUGUGGGCCAAGGACUACAAGAAAAGGACUAUCACCAGGCUGAACCUGAAGCUGGGAGAAGGUGUGGACCUUUCAGUCGGAGUUUACAAUCUCAUCCGGAGUGCCCAGAAACCCAGUGCAAUCCGCCUGUACCGAGAAACCAACGAGCCAGUCAAAACCAAAACCCGCUGGUUUAAUGGGGAGACGGGCAGCCUGCUUCUGCCCAGCGACACCAAAAAGGCCCAGGUUUAUGGAAACAGGCAGAUUGUUAUGGAGAAAGAAGAAACUGAGGAACUGAAGAGGUUCGAAGACCCAGGAUUGGUCCUAAUUGGUUUCAAGCCAUUGUCGCUCUUAAAGAAGCAUCACUACAUCAGACCCUCACAGUUCAUUUACCCAGAGGAGACACUGAUAGCAGGAAGCAUCACUUUAUUCAGCGCGCUGCUUACCAAGUGCCUGGAGAAGGAAGUGUACGCUGUUUGCCGGUACACUCCCCGGAGGAACACCCCACCCCGAUUUGUGGCGUUGGUCCCACAAGAGGAGGAAUUGGACAAUCAGAAAGUGCAGACGAUCCCUUCAGGAUUCCACCUGAUUUUCUUGCCUUAUGCCGACGAUAUCCGGAAGAUCAACUUUACGGAGAAGACAGUGGCCAAUGAGGAACAGAUCGAGAAGAUGAAGUUAGUGGUGCAGAAACUCAAGUUUAAAUACAGGCCCGAGAGCUUUGAGAAUCCGGUAAUUCAGCGGCAUUUCCGUAACCUGGAGGCGUUGGCCCUCGAUUUAAAGGAACCAGAAGGAAUGGAAGACCUGACAUUGCCAAAGACAGAUGUUAUGGACAAGAGAAUGGGACAGCUGGCAGAAGAAUUCAAUGCACUGGUUUAUCCUCCUGACUAUAACCCAGAGGCAAAGAGCCAUCAGAAGAGGAAGCUCGGCAACACAGCUGGGGGAGCGGAGAAGAAACCGAAAGUCGAGGCAUCACUGGGGGUGGAUGAGGUCAGGCGGCAUCUGCGGAGCGGGACUCUGGGCAAGCUGACAGUGCCGGUGCUGAAGGAGGUCUGUAAACAGUACGGGCUGAAGGGCAGCAAGAAGCAAGAGCUGAUUGACGCCAUCACCGGCCACUUUGCUGAGAAGUGACCGGACCUGAGUUCAGGUGAUGGCUGGGCCUGCACCAGCAGCGGAGACGCAGUCGGGUUUAGCUGGGGAAAUGCACACCCAGCCUUCUCCACAUAACUGAAGCCUCACAAUCACGGAAACGGGAAAGCUACAACCCCAGUAGUAGCCAGUAUCCAAAUGAGCUCUGAUCCAAACAUAACAGAACCAAGACUCGCUCUGACAAGGUGAAAGCCUCUCUGUGACUCUGACCAUCCUGGGCUUCUCUGCAUAAUGGGGAUGGCACAGACUUCCCUUCUGAGAUCUCCAGGAUAUACCGACCCUCACUGACAAGAAACUCAGAAACUGCACAGGAUAUUUUUGUAUCUCCUGAAUUUUUCACAAUUUAUUUUAAUAAUUAGUAUUGUACAAACCACCUGUAACCCACUCACAUCUAACCAAACUCUGUGUUGGCAAGUCA